AUGAAGAUUAAUACCAUCAGUGCAUACUUAUUGGUAUACCUGUUGGCACGCGGCCACUGGAAUCUCAUGGUACCAGUGAGAGCAGACGAUGCUGAUGGCACUUCGACAGGCGGUGGAGCAGGUUCGGCAUCUGCAGGAGGCAGUAUGGCAGGAUCAGCCGGCGGAUCAGGCUCAACUCGUAAAGCAGGUUCCAAAGCUGGCUCUUCUGCUGGUUCAAGUGCUAGUUCGACAGCUGGUGAAGUAGCUAAUCUUGCAGAGGUGACAACUCCAGAUACCGAUGGUACUGACGGGAGUUCAGCAGCACCUGAGGCUGGCUCAUCAGGUGAAGGAGCUUCAAGUGGAGGCACUGAUGCGGGCCAUGCAUCUAGUGGAGAAGCUGCAAGUUUGACAGUAUCCACCGGAGCUGACGGCAGUGUCGCAUCAUCUGAAAAUGGUUCAGGCACUGAUGCUGACGCUGGCUCCUCAGAAGGUGGAGAGGCUAAUGCUGAAGCUGAUGGUAACGCUAUGGCUACACCAGCAGCGAAGGUCGAACUCGGUAGCCUGUUCCCUGAUUACGGUUCAUCAGUAGUUGAAUUUACCGAAGGGUCAUAUAAAGCUGCUGCAGAGAAGGAAGCUCUAGAUGCCAAAAAAGAAGAGGCUAAGCAGGUUGCUGCGGAUGCAAUGAAAACUGCACAGCAACUAUUUGAAGCUGCUGAGAAGAUUAAGAAUGAAGCUGAUGAACUGACAAAAGCAGCGGAAGAUGCUACAAAAGUAGACGAGCUCGUCGCUAAAUUGGAAGCUACAGCCUAUAAAGUGGGAGUAGAGAGGUCACAAGCCUCGGAGUUUGCCAAACCACCGGAUAUGAUGAUUUAUAAUGGCUUCCCAGACGGCCAUCACCGUCUCAUUGACCACGCAUCAUUGUUAAGAUUCUAUAAGUUACACAGGUGGGAACAUGGCACAAUGUAUUACGACGGCUUCCCCAACGGAUGGCACGGCCUAGAUUUCGGGAAUCUUGAUGCAAUAGAAAAGGACGCCAAAGAAUUCAGAAUAAAGAAAUAUGCGGCUGAGAGAGAUGCUAAAAAUCAACAAAUUAUUGACAAAGAAAGAGAAAUUGAAGAAAAAGACAAACAUAUUGCUGAUAAAGUUGGUGAAAUCGGCCGUAAAAAGGUUGACGUAGAUGCGAAAUUGGCAGAACUAAAUGCUAAAAAAGGAGAAGUUAAUCAGAUGAGAGAUAUUAUAACAGAAUUGACCAAGCAAUUGAGAGAUCUAGAGAAUGAAGCUAGAACACUUACUACCGAGUAUGCUACCCUAUUAUCAAGACAUAGUCUUUUGGAGGUUGAUCUUAGGAAACUUGAGGAUGAUAAGAGUAAACUACAGAAAGAUCACGCUGCCCUUGAAGAAGAUGAUAGGAAUAUUGUCAGAGCCUACUAUGAAUUGAGCGGAAGGACGAGUUAUUUAGAUGGAAAACCUACGGCAACCGAUCCUUUCGUUGAUCCUAGAGACAACUUUUCAUUUACUGAAGAACUGGGACUAGUUGAAGUAAAACCUAAGGAUGAUGUUUUCAUAAAUCCUGCUGACAACUAUAGCGACCAUCCAUUAUAUACAGGAGCUUCAUUAUCUGGUGGAUCGGCAGCUCCAGCAGCUGAAGUGGAAGUUGGUGAAUCAGUCCAUGAGACUUUAAAUGAAGCAGCUGAUGCGUCUAUAACAGCAGUUGCUGACGAAUCUUCCGAAGCUGCCGAAGCUAAACCAGCAGAAGCACUUGUAGCAUCAACCCCCGUAGCAACUCCAGCCAACGAAGAGGCGGCACCAGAAGCUAAACCAGCUGAAGGUGCAGCCCCUCUUGCUGAAGGUUCUCAAUCGGUCCCCGCUGAAGUUAGAUUGUUCAAGUCUGAUACAGAUGGCAAUUAUGUAGAAAUGCUCGUAGCAGACUAUACAAAGAAACAGGCCUCCGGUGAUGACAGAUAUGAGUUUGUAUCAGGAGUCUCCUGUACUAAGGUCAUGUUUGGAUCACAUGAUGUGUGGAAGAAGGGUGACCACAAUGUUAAUGAGCCUAAAUUAGUCGCAUAUAAUGCCACUGCUGGUGUGAUUGGUGUACGUGAUAGUGACAGAGCAGUUUUAUAUAAAAAGGAUGCUAAUUCUGAUGAUUGGAAGCAUCAUAAGACUGUUGAGAGAUCUAAGUCAUCAGGAACUUCCAGAUCUGCAGCGCAUACUGGUUCAUCAGCCCACACAGGAACAUCAGCUCCAGCUUCAUCCCCAGAAUCAGCACCAGAACCAGGAUCUCUAGCUAACAGCUCUGCCUUGUCUGGAUCAAAGUUGAACCUUGCUGAACCCGAAGAGACUUCCAGCGUUUCAUCUGAAGGUUCUGAAGGCGAUUCUGGUACCGGCUUAAGAGGUGCAUGA